UAGUUUCUAUUCUUUCGGUUUAGGAUAAACACGCGGUAAUCCAUACGUCACGGCUUGUCUUCUUCCACUUUGCAUUCUCUUGGUGACGAUCCAUUCCACGAACCAGCCAAAAGCAAGAUUUGUCAUGUCCGUGAUUGCAAAUCGUUCUCUCUUUUUUCUCUCUCCCUUUUAGUUCUAAAAGAUUUAUUCUUCGAGGGGUGUGCAGUACUGGGCUACUGAUUUGACAUUGUUCUGUUACUGUUCUUUGUAGAGAUUUAGUUCCUAAUCACCUGAGUGAAGCAUAAAUUUUCUUUUAGGUAAUUACUCCAAGUUCUAGAUUUACUUGCCCAUUGCAAUCAAUGGCCGGAGUUGAAGACGGCGAGGUGGCCGCUCUACGUGAGGCUCUGCGGCAGCAGACGCUGACCGUGGAGGAGCUGAGGGCCGAGCUGGAGGAGGAGAGGCGUGCGGCGUCGUCGGGCGCGGACGAGGCGCUGGCCAUGAUCCUGCGGCUGCAGGCGGAGAAGGCGGCGGAGCGGAUGGGGGCGGAGCAGUUCCGGCGAGUGGCGGAGGAGCGGAUCCAGCACGACGAGGAUACGCUCGCGUUCCUCAAGGCCGUCGUCUUCCACCAGGAGAUGGAGAUCAGCUCCCUCAACCUCAGGCUGCUGGCCAUCCACGCCGCCGACAGCGAUCCAUUUUCUCCGGCCGUCGACCUCCCCUGGCUGAGGAAGCUGACCAAGAACGGCGCGCCGUCGAGGAGGAACGCGUCCCUCCCGGCGGCGCGCCUGGAGGAGCUCUGUUCGGAGCUCGACGUCGUCGUCGACGGCGACAAGACCAAUCCUUGCAAGAACGUCAGCAACAGAAGGCCGGCGAGGACGGUGUCGGACAUCGGGGAGCUGAUUAGUUGGGAGGAGGAGUGGGCGAGCCACAAGCCGCCGCCGCCAAGGCUCUACCGGUCGGCCUCCCACCAUCUCCGGUGUGCACCGAGCUACUCCGCGCAAUUCGGCACGCACUCGGCCAGGGUCUCGCCGGAGAUCAUCGCCGAAGAAGACGAAAAAAGGUGCAAGAGCAAUGCCUCACUGGAAGCCGACAUCGAGCAGAUCAAAGCCACCGUGCAGUCUCUCGAAGCUGAACUCACAAAAUUAAGGGAAUCCACCGUGUCCAUCGGCGACGAGCAAUCUCGGCUACUAACCGAGAUCCGUUCCAAGCUCGACGGUGCUAUGCCGCGCCAUCAGAACGUUCAUGGAGGCCAUGGAUCGAGCACUGUCCAGGCGAAGGCCAGCAGGGAAGGAGGUAGUAGUAGUUCUUCCAAGGGGCAGAGCUACCACCCACAGGGUGAGCUGCUGCUGAACCAUUUCAUCGAGGCGAUGAUGUACAUAGCGUGAGACCACUGGAGGUUUAGACGUCAUUUUUGGAUUUCAAGAUUGCUGAGUAAAAGAUUGAUGAUUGUUAAUUGCCUUUCCCCUUUCUGUUUUGUUGCUUUUGCCUCUGUUGGCACAUAAGAUGUGUACAUACGCACAUGAGGAUGAGAUCUCAUGUCAUAGCUGUGUUGUGUGAGCACCUUUUGUUAGUGUGACAGGAAAUCAGUUCUUGUAAAGUUACAUAUGAUAAUUGUAAAGGUUUUGAAUUGACAAUCUCUCUCUCU